AUGCGUAUAUUUUCAGAUGCACAAACUGCGACACGCUGUUGCUAAAAUACCGCUUUGUUUUUGUGAUUUUUCAGCAAAAACUGGCUAUUAAUUGAUUGAUGCACUAAGAAUCAAAGAUCCAUGGCAAAACAGUCUAAUAACGAAUCAAGUUGUGUUAUAUUGCACGGCUUUGAUCCUGUCUUAACAAGACAAGAGAUUAUAGAAGAGUUAUCAACAUAUGGAGAUAUUUAUAAGGUAUACAUACCUGAAGAAAAGGAUUACGCAAAAAUCUACUUUAGCUCAAUACGACAAGCUUUAAGUGCAGUAAAGUAUCAAUCAAAAAGAAAACCUAAUUGGAAACUACAACUUUUUAAUACAUACCAGGAAAUGCAAGCCAUGGAUUACUGUGAAGAAGUAGAUGACUUGGUGUUAAAUUCAGACUAUGUCGAUAUUCACGGCAGGAAUUUAGACGUUUUAGAAGGGUUACAAGGGGAAAUAUUUAUCUCAUUGAAAGAGAUCAAGCAAACUGGUUUUGCUAUUUUUAGAAGGGAAAAUUUUGAACCUACUCUUAGAAAUACUAAUCAAAUCUUAAGGGAAUUUGAAAUGCAUCUGCUGUCUGAAGCCAAAAAGUUUUUAUUGCAAAAUCAUGUUGUUACCAUUGGACAAGAACAAAUUUUGGAAACCAUUAGAAAGUGUGAAGAAAGGCUUCUUGGCGCCGCAUUUACCACAGAAAAGCAACAGCCAAGGUCGGAAUUCCGCGACAAUUCCGCCAAGUUAACAACAACCAUCGACAACAGAAACUCGCCGAGAUCCAAACCGACGUUCGCGAAAUCUCACAGCGACAACUCGUCUAACAAUUCGUUCGAGUCGGUAGCUCCAAGACAGCUGCCCAAGAAUUUCGCUCCAAACAACCAGACGACCACGAUGUCGCCGCAGCAAAAAAGCACACAACUGUGGCAAAACAAAAAUCCUAGAAGCAACGGCAGCGAUUUCAAUGCGAACUCUGGAGGCGGUCCGAUGAGACAACCCAAGACGACUCCGGUCUUUAGUACGGAGAAUAAAGCCAAGUUUGACGAAAAAAGUUCUCUUAAUAACGAGAGAAUGAAUAAAAGUAGUAGCAGCAGCGGUACUAGUGAUAAUUCAAGGAAAAGGUUUUUUUCGGGAGAUUACAUUAAACAGAUUGACUUGCCUCUGUUUGUACCACUAAAGCUCAAAAUUACGUGUAUAUAUAAAGAAAACACUGCCUGGGCAACAUUGGAGGAUAACAUCGAAAUACAAGAAGAUAUAUUGCUGAAAACUAAUGAGGAAGCAAAUAAUAUGCCCAUUAUUAAAGACCCUAAACUAGGUACUCUUGGUAUGGCUGAAUAUGAUGGUACAUGGUGCCGAGUUAUUGUUAAGGAUUCAAAUCCGUUAAAGGUAUAUUAUGUUGAUUUUGGUGGGAUUGGCUCUGCGGAUUGUAUUAAAGAGGUACCCAAAUCGAUAAAGGAUAUUGCAGCCCAGGCUAUUCAUUUAGUCCAAUGUAAAGAGGAUUCUUUAAUAAAAUGGGCAAUAGAUGAUGUAAUAAAUGUUCAAGCUAAACAAAAGUAUGAUUCUGGCUCCUUCCUAGUUACGUCCAAAGAUUUAAGACCUAAAACAUCAGAAACUAGAAAAAGGAAUGAUUAUGUUUUGGAUUUUGAGAAGUCAGAAUCGAGACCGGAAAAAGCGGCGCCAGUAUUGGAAGUCAAAGAGAAGGCUGAGAUACAAUGUUACUUUGAUAUUCCUGAGCCCUUGACAAUUAAGGAUGGUGACAAAGUGAUGAUUAUUGACUGUGAUGAUAAAGGAUUUAUUUUAAGGACUAGGGAAUUGACUGAGCGGUUCCUUGAAGUUACUCAAAUGAUUAAUAAUGUUAACAAACCAGACUUGAACUUGGAAACUGUGCAAAAAGGCCAGAUGGUAUUAUGCGGCAAAGAUGAGUGCGCCGGUCUUUUCCGCGCCGAAGUGACCGACGUAAAAUUACCAAUCGUCUCGGUAAGCUACAUCGACGUGACAGGCAACGUGUCCAUAUCUCUGAAAGCGCUGCGCAACGUAACCUCGCAGCUGGCGGGAUUCCCCGCGACCCUCGCGAAAUCCCCCACGUUCCCCGACUUGGGUAAAUACCUCAAAAACCCCGAUUCCAUCGCUUUCAUCGAAGAUUUGAUUAUGGAUAAGGUCAAAUUGACUGUUACUUUGGACGGAGGUUGCGAUUUUGUUCUCAAAAAUGGGAUUAAAAUGUCCAAAGUUUUGGCCGAUUUAGUCAAUCCACCACCAAAGGCAGAAGAACCUAAAUUAGUGGAAAAACCAAAAGUCACUGAGGUUCCAGUUCCAGAGAAAAAAGAGGAAGACGUUAAAAAGCCAGCAGAAACAGGCAAGAGUUCAGGCCCGGUUAAUUAUGAAGAUAUGGCUUUCACAAAAAUAGAGAUUGGAAAAGAGGAUGAGUUUCUAUGUUAUUCCUUUGAAGCAAUGGAUCAAUUAACUAUUUUAUCGAUGGAAAACCAAGAAGUCGAAUGGUUAACGUAUUUGAAUGCCUUGACUAUUAAAGACGAAGAACCAUACAGUCCGAAUUUAUGGGAAAUGUGUAUGGCCUUGUUUAAAGAUGGCGAAUGGUACCGAGGUGUUGUGAUUAGUUCAGAAAAUAAUGAAUUUAGUGUUCUGUUUGUUGAUUUUGGAAAUACAGAAAUUAUAACUAAAAAAGAUUUAAGAAAAUAUCCUGACGAUUUAAAGAAUAUUCCUAUCUUGGGCAUUAUGUGUGAGCUAGUUGGUGUUCCACAUAAAGAAGAAAUAUUUAAGAAGCUAAAAAGCACUAUGACUGAUGGCGAACAAAUAAAAGUACAUGUGAAAAGUUACGAUGAAGAAACUUUUAAAUAUCAAGUUGAACUGCCAGAUGAAUACAAGAAACUAAAAAGUGAUGGACUUGUUUAAAAAAAUAUUAUUAAGAGAAUUCUUUUAUUUUUUUACUUAUAAGUAUAUUUUUGUUAAAUGUUUUUUAUGAAAAAAAUGUUUUUCCUUAAUUGAUUUGUUGAUCAGUUUUAUUUUGUUUUUAAGAAAAACGAUUUUAUUCCAAGUAUUUUUAAGUAUAUAACAUAUUAUGUAUGUAUAAUAAACAUUUUUUUAAUA